UGCUGCAGUCCCAGGGCCACCUCUGCGCCGUCGCCAUGCCAGCCUUCGGCUCCGAGCUGCAGCGCCCGCCGUCGCCGCCCGCCGCGCCGGAGCGGGGCUCGGAACCGCGGCCUCACGGGGAGCUGCAGUACCUGGGGCAGAUUGAGCACAUCCUGCGCUCCGGCUUCCGGAAGGAGGACCGCACGGGCACUGGCACCCUGUCGGUGUUCGGCCUGCAGGCGCGCUACAACCUGAGAGAUGAAUUUCCUCUGCUGACAACCAAACGUGUUUUCUGGAAGGGUGUCUUGGAAGAGUUGCUGUGGUUUAUCAAGGGAUCCACAAAUGCUAAUGAACUGUCUUGCAAGGGAGUGAAAAUCUGGGAUGCCAAUGGGUCCCGAGACUUCUUGGACAGCCUGGGAUUCUCUGCCAGAGAAGAAGGGGAUUUAGGCCCAGUUUACGGCUUUCAAUGGAGGCAUUUUGGGGCAGAAUACAAAGAUAUGGAUUCAGAUUAUUCAGGUCAAGGAGUAGACCAACUGCAAAAAGUGAUUAACACAAUCAAAACCAACCCUGACGACAGAAGAAUCAUCCUGUGUGCUUGGAAUCCAAAAGAUCUUCCUCUCAUGGCUCUGCCUCCCUGCCAUGCCCUCUGCCAGUUCUACGUGGUGAACGGUGAGCUGUCCUGCCAGCUGUACCAGAGAUCGGGAGACAUGGGCCUGGGUGUGCCCUUCAACAUUGCCAGCUACGCCCUGCUCACCUACAUGAUCGCACACAUCACGGGCCUGAAGCCGGGUGACUUUGUGCACACUUUGGGAGAUGCACAUAUUUACCUGAAUCACGUUGACCCGCUGAAAACGCAGCUUCAGCGAGAACCAAGGCCUUUCCCGAAACUCAAAAUCCUUCGAAAAGUUGAGACAAUCGAUGACUUCAAGGCUGAAGACUUUCAGCUUGAAGGGUACCAUCCACACCCGACCAUCAGAAUGGAAAUGGCUGUUUAGAGUGCUUUGAAAGGGCUUGUUUGAAGGACAGGUCAGUCUUCGGCGGUUGGACUGGAUGCCCUGGUGAAAGUUGUUUUUGCUCUAAAGAAAGAAGGAACUAGGUCAAAAAUCUGUUGGUAACCUAUCAAUUAACUUUUACAGCUCUUGCCACUAGCAAAUCUAACUGCUGGUUCUCUUAGUAUAAAAGGCCUUGAGUUUGGUUAAUCUGAGGAUUUAUGAAAAUGCUGAGACUAUGAAUAAGGUCAGGAGAGUGAAAACUCACUCAACAAAAACGCAGACAUGCAUUUCAAUCCCAUAUUUUUGUGAAGGUCAUUGAUUUUCAGGAAUUUUAUAAGCUAUUCCCCCAAAUCUGAGUGAGUUAAAUAACUUCAGUCAUAAUGAUAAUGUAUAGUUACUGUGGUUAUGAACGUUUAAAGUUAUAUGUGUUUUUUAUAUUGCUGCAAUAAAAGAAGUGUUCUGCA